AUGAUUUCAGAAGUACAAUAUGGAGGUCGAGUAACUGAUGAUGUUGAUAAACAUCUUCUUAAAACAUAUGUUAAAAGUUGGUUUCAUGGUGAAAUAUUGGAACCUGCUUUUGAAUUUGAAGAUAAACCAUCUCGUAUAUCAGGAAUGACCCGUAUUGAAGAUGUUUUUGAUUAUAUUGAUACAAUACCAAAUGAUGAUAGUGAAAAAGCAUUUAGAUUAAGUCGAUUAGCUAAUGAUGGAUAUCAAGAAGGUACAACAAGAAAAGUUCUUCAUAUAAUUUUAAGUAUUCAACCAAAAGAAGCUCCUGGUGGUACAGGUGAAACGCGUGAAGUUGUAACAUGCCGUUUAGUAAUUGAAACAUUAGAAAAAUGA